UUACAUAAAAUCAAAUUUAUUUUCAUAAACUUAUUUUUAAAUCCCUAAGACUUAAUUUUUUAACAAAGUCUAAAUAUUUGGAAACUUUACAUAAACAAAAUACAAAGAAGAAGAAGAAGUGAGUGAUGAAGGAUAAAGCAAUGAAGAAAGGUAGCAACAGUGAAUGACUAUCAGAAGCUAAGAACAACGAUCGUAACAAAGGAAUCGUUAACGCUCUCAUUUGUUCCCUGAACGAAAAUUGCAACUUGGAUUUGACUUGAAAGGGGGAAGAAGGUGAAGAUUGGUAAAUUGUAAGAAUACGUUAAGAUGUCUGCGCUUUUCAAUUUCCAUUCAUUUCUAACUGUGAUACUUCUGGGAAUAUGUGCCUGCACCUAUUUCAAGAUGCAGUUUCCGGCAAUCCUUGAACAGAGAACUGGAUUUCGUGGUUUCUUCUGGAAGGCGGCAAGAAUAGGUGAACGGUUAAGCCCAUGGGUAGCUGCAGGUUGCUUUAUGAUGGGUGUUUCAAUAAUCUUCUUCUAAGUUAUGUUUACUGUAUGGCAUGUCUAUCAAGAAAUCUGUUGGUUGAUGGUACUGCCCUUUCAUGGACCAUCCAGUGAUUUGUAUACAUAAAUUCUUCUUACGGACGUUUAGAAGUCAAACUGUAAUUGUGAUUGUAACUGUAAUUUGGGACCAUACUGAUAACAUACUGAUAAAUAUAAUUUGUUCAGUGAAAUCCUUCACAAUGAACUGAUUAAAGAAAUUGAAACUGAAUCAGGCAUCGUCUAUGCGAAACAGUUUUGUUCAAAGCCUGUAUAUUAUUGUGAAUGGCACACAGGACUCCCUGAAUGUAUGUUGAGUUGAUGCUUAUACAUAUCUUACCUUUAUGACCUGAUUUCCUUUAUGACCUGCUUUUCCCUCGUCUUCCCUCCAACGAAAUGGAUAGCUUUUCAUCAACACCCUUUUAUAUGGUCGUCUUUUACUGAAAUUCCUUGUCCGAGUUUUUUCUUCCUCCAAACCUUAAAGAGAUGCCCCGCUCUUGUAAUCAGUUCAGAAUUGUUGAUCAUGGCGACAUUUACGCAAGUGUUUUUCGGUUUGUUGUUGGUACCUUGAUAAUGAACAAAAGGA